AUGCUCAGUCAAUCCGAGGUCGCGAAGCUCCUCGAACACUGUAUCAGCGAAGACUUACCCGAGCUGGCCAUGGAAGAGGUUCUGAGCGCGUAUAUCGCUUGGAAGUUCAUACACGGACACACCUGCAAGGGAGUCUUAAUCAAGCUCCACUAUCUGUCUAUAUAUCUACGGGUCACCGGCCGCCGAUGGAUCCUAGACAUGGCCAAGGACGUCUUCCGCAUCCUCGGGCUGGAGCUGACAUUCGGGGGUGGACUCGUUGGUGCAUGCCCUCUGAGCACGCGCAUCGGAAAAGACACUUGGAACAGACUGCGCCGGAAAAUCCCCCGUCGGAGCGCGUGGGCGGAACACUGCCGCACGGACUCCGAGUACGGCGGGCCAGUCAUGUUCCACCAGCUGCGCGAGAUCUCGCUCUAUCGAGAGCCGGCGCGGCGCCUCGUCGACGCCGACGACCAUCACGCCGAGCGGCAGCAAAGCUUCACGGCCAGCUCGCCCCCCGAGCCGCAGUCCACCUCGUCGGGCUGGUCGAACGUUCACGUUCGCACCACUCUUGGAGAUGCAGAGCGCGAGGCGGAAGACGAGGUGUCUCCCCUGCCCGCGGCGUCCCCGCGCGACCCCCGCCGCAACUUGCGCUGGGCAGAGAGACCCCGCUGGUUGCGGGAUUGGUUCCUCACGCGGCCGCACCUCGCUGGUCCUGCGAUGCUCGACCUCGUCUCGCCCGAGUACGCUUCACAAGUUCCCGCGUAUACCUCCCGCCGAAACACACUCCCUCUGUACAACUCGAGCGGAGCCUGA